CGGUUCCAUGAUGUCAGUCUCUUAUGGGAUCUUUCUUAUUUUUUGCCGGUCACAGGUACGACCCGCCUCCCUCGUGACGGAGAGGUGCCAGGAGUAGAUUACAAUUUCUUGUCAGUGGAUGAGUUUCUCAAGCUUGAACAGAGUGGGACACUGUUGGAGAUCGGAUCUUACGAAGGUAACUAUUAUGGAACACCCAAGCCGCCCAGCCAGCCCCCUAGUGGGAAAGUGAUUACUGGCGAUGCUCUGCAAGACAGCCUUCCUGGUUCCCAGCCGUCGACCCCACGCCGAACCAAGUCCUACAAUGAGAUGCAAAAUGCUGGAAUAGUGCCUACAGAGACUGAGGAUGAUGAUGAGGUUCCUGAAAUGAACAGUAGCUUCACAGGAGACUCGAGUGAACUGGAAGACCACCCCUCUGUGCGGCCCUUCCCCCGCGACUACGUUCAACCCUACAGGCUCAACAACACCUCGGCGUCAACCACGGAGAGCUCUCAGAACACACUCACACACCCCGGCUAUCCCACGGAAGAGGACCCUCUGGGGCCUCUGCCCGAAAACUGGGAGAUGGCCUACACUGAGAGCGGAGAGGUCUACUUUAUAGACCACAACACAAAGACAACAUCCUGGAUAGAUCCCCGAUGCCUGGACAAACCUCAGAAACCCCUGGAGGAAUGUGAAGAUGAUGAAGGGGUACAUACAGAGGAAUUGGACAAUGAGCUAGAGCUGCCCUCAGGCUGGGAGAAAAUUGAUGAUCCAGUGUACGGGGUGUAUUAUGUUGACCAUAUUAACAGGAAGACGCAGUAUGAAAACCCAAUUCUGGAGGCUAAAAGGAAGAAGCAACUGGAGCAGUCUCAGCCCGCUGAAGAAUGGAUAGAGGAGCAUUCGCCAGGAGCACCGCUAGCAAGCUAUGCUGCUAACCACCAAGAGACUUACAGAGAACCCGGCAUCGCCCCUCCACUAGCACCCCAACUGGGGGCUAAACGAGGGAAGCCAUUUUUCACAAGGAACCCUGCAGAACUAAAGGGGACAUUCAUUAACACCAAGCUGAAGAAGAGUAGGCGUGGGUUUGGCUUCACCGUGGUAGGAGGAGACGAACCAGACGAGUUCCUGCAGAUUAAGAGUCUGGUGCUUGAUGGACCAGCCGCUCUAGAUGGAAAGAUGGAAACAGGUGACGUUAUCGUGAGUGUGAACGACACUUGCGUGUUGGGUUACACACAUGCCCAGGUUGUGAAGAUAUUCCAGUCCAUCCCUAUCGGUUCUAUGGUCGACCUUGAACUUUGCCGUGGCUACCCCUUACCCUUUGACCCCGAUGACCCCAACACCAGCCUGGUGACUUCUGUGGCCAUUCUGGACAAGGAGCCCAUCAUUGUCAAUGGAAAAGAAAGCUACGAUUCGCCAUCAAGCCACGGGAGUGAAACUACAGUUGGCGGUGGUAGUUUGAAUGGCUCCAGCGACCCACCUCGCCCCAACAGCCCUUCAGCAGAGGUGGCUUCCAAUGGCUCUCACGGUUAUCCCAGCGACGUGGUGACAUUGGCAUCUUCGAUCGCAACUCAACCCGAGCUCAUUACUGUCCACAUGGAGAAGGGUGACAAAGGAUUUGGCUUCACAAUAGCAGACAGCCCGUCUGGGGGAGGCCAGCGAGUGAAGCAGAUAGUGGAUUACCCACGAUGCAGAGGCCUGAGGGAGGCUGACAUCAUCGUGGAGGUUAACAAGAGGAAUGUGCAGAACCUGACGCACAAUCAGGUGGUCGAUCUGCUCAGCAAGUGCCCUAAAGGCAGUGAGGUGACCAUGCUGGUGCAAAGAGGUGAGCUCUAAAGGAAAUUAUGAUUU